UGGGGGGAACGUUUGUCCUGGACGUGUUGCAAAACUGCUUGCUUGUAGCUAUGCUGCUAAAGAUGGGUUGAACACAAUUAUUUAAACAUUUCUUUUAUUGAAGACAUAAAGUAUUGAGCUGAAGUUAAUAACAGCAGACGGUGAACGUUUCUAUGCCCCGUGUAACGGAUUUACGUCUGUCUCUUUGAGCUGUUGGUUGUUGACCUAGUUUAGGAGCUGCCCGCAAACUAUUUCCGGCACCACUGUUCCAUUAACUGAAAUGUUUCCGGGUCUUGCGCGCAAUGAUCGUUGGAGGGUGAGGUGCGCCUACCUCGCCGUGUGACCGUUGAUGGCGCGAAGUACGGCCGGGGUGGAGUACUCCCUCAGCGGGGAGGAGGAGCAGCCGCCACCCGGGUCCACGGUCGGCUCCGUCCAGAACCCAGUGGAUGCAUCAUAUAUCCCUACUGAAGAAGAAAGAAGAGUCUUCAAGGAAUGCAAUCGGGAGAGUUUCUACUAUAGGUCACUACCUUUUGCUGGGACGAGUAUGCUGAUAACUCAAGUUCUCAUUUCUAGAGGAGUCCUUUCUACUUCAACUCGUUUUGGAUCUAUUCCAAAAGUUGCAUUUGCUGGUAUUUGUGGCUACCUUGUAGGAAAGAUUUCCUACAUGAGAACGUGCCAAGAAAAGUUCAUGAGACUGGAGAAUUCACCACUCGGAGAAGCUCUGCGGCAAGGACGUAGAAGAUUUUCACAUCAGCAUCAGAAUUCACAUCCAAAGUCUGAAUUUUCAGAGAGCACUGGACAGCAUCAAACUUUACCUUCUACUUCAACCUUUCAGCAUGACGUAAAUAGCUCUUACUCUGAUUACAGCUACAGUUCUCCAGAGGCCAACUACGAGUCUGUUCCAUUCAGUUCUACACUAAGUGAGUCAGCUCCUACAGGAAUUGACAAUGCUCCAGCACCUGCUCCAGAGAGUGAAGAAUCAAAACCUCAAAGAAAGCCCAUGACAUAUGAUGAAUUGAGAAACAAAAACAGGGAGCAGUAUGAAGUUACGGUUACACAAAAGGCAGAGUCUCUGCACAAACCAACUCCACAGAGAAUACCUGGCAACAAAGCAAAAACCAACAAGUAUGGAGAUGCCUGGGACGAAUAAGAAAUACAGCAACAACAAUGAGCUUGCAAUAAACCCAAAAAUAUUUAUUAUCACCAUACUCUUCAGCAUUAUUUAAUCUGGAAAGCUGGACUCAUACUCUACAGAUGAGAUGACAAAAAUUACAAUAUACAUUAUACUGGAACCCACUUUGCCUGUUACGGAUAGUAAAUCUAAGCUGGUAAUGUCAGUCAAGGACUUGUCCUGUUUCUUAUUAUGAGAAUUAGGAUUUGUAGAAAUGCCACAAAUAUUCUUGUUAAUACAUGCAAUCAUUUCACAAUGAAAUUGUUUUGCACAGGAAAAAUACAAAAUAAAAUAUUCCUUUAGCUUAAAGGUGCAAUGAACAACCUUAAUAUGAAUGAUUCUUUACUAUGAUUUCUGAAAAAUGGUGCUGCUGUUAAUCAAAUUAAACCAAAAUAGUGGACUAUACUAAAAUGAUAGUUUUCAUUGUUUAUUAUAUUCAUAACUAACUACAGAAGCUUUUGUGCAUCUUGGACAGUAUUGAAACAAAAGCCUUGGCGACAACAACUAAAAGGACAGUCUUAUGGUGUCCAGUUAACAGCAAAAAGUGAGGACACAGUUAGAAAAGGGCUAAGAAGCACCUAAAAAGGUAAACGGACUGAAAGUGGCACCUAGAAGGCCUAACAAACUGUGUCAGGGAGUUGUAUACUCCAUAUCUCUAUAAUCAUGCUAAAUAUUGGUGAUACUGGAAGGCCAUUGAAGAACAAGAUCACAGAACAUAAGAGUGUCUUAAAAAACUUGAGAGUAGAACGAGUUGGCAUCAUUGAACACUGCCUAUCAUGCUUAUGUAGACCAAGGUUUGAUGAGGCCAACAUCCGUGGCAAAGAAGAGAAUGUCUACAAGAGAAAGAUUAGAGAAUCAGUAGAAUAUGGGGGGACCGAAAUGUACAUUCUAAGAGUGUAGAGAUAGCUCCAGUCUGACCACACAUUCCUAAAGAGGGUUUGGCCUAAAAAAUUGACCAAUCCAAACAAGUCCAAUUCAAAGUAACCAGUCAAGAAUACAUAAUUCAGAUCCAUCCAAUCAGUAUUGAGCAUUUAGCCCCACUCAUUGCCCUGCUCACUCAAGAGGGUAUAUAAGGAGGUGUCUCUAAGGAGACUUGUCAUUUGACUAAUUUGUGCCCGAGGAGGAUAGUCAGAUUUACCGAUGAAACUUUGCAAUCAGUAUCUGUAAGAAUGUGACUGUUAAGACUAAAAGAUAGUAUAGACAGGUUUUAUUAUAUUCGUGACAGUGUAACUACUGAUGUAACAAUACAUUUGAAUCUUACAAAAAAUUAAAUGUCUCGUGCUAUUUCUGUCAAAUA